UGCCGCUAACCGAGCAGCAGGCUGCCAUUCUCGGUUUACAAAACGAAGAAAAAUCCCGAAAGCAGAUUGGUAAGAUCAUGGUCGUCAGUGCGAAAACCAUCUAGAAAGUCUUGGUUUCCGCGGGCAUGUCGACGGAGCCCGGAUGACCCGGCCGGAAAUUGGCCCUCACCAGUCGGAAAGAGGAGGCCCUGGUGGAUUUUCUCUUGGCGCUGGAUCAUAACAAUCAUAGCUGUACGUGGCCGUUACUCCAUAGACUCCUGGAUACUGGCGCCAGGAAAACGGACCUAUUAGGCAGUAUUUCAACAGUUCUAUAAAACUGCUUAUCAGAUGACCCAUGCCGGACUUCAUGUUUUUCAGGAGAAUAUUCUCCACAGGUUAUGCACUAGUCUGUCCAUUCCCGAUGUCCCGGACGUCACAAAGGACGAAGAAUGUGCGGAUUACCAUACAUAGCCUGGGCCACUGCUGGAAUGGACUGGAAGGACUACCAGGCAGCAGAUAAAUGGAAGCACUGCCACCGAAGUCAAUGGCUCCAGGUCCACAGCCAGUGCCCUGCUCCUUCCACGAUCUGCCUGACGAGAUGGUGUCGCAUAUCUUUUCGUUCUUGGAUAUCAUCGACAUAACGAACAAUUCCAUCGUCUGCAAACAGUGGGAACGUGCGAGCCGUUGCGUUACUCUGCAGAAGGCCGUCAUCUUAGACGUGCAGAAAUGGGACACAUACGCCCCGCGACCCCCAUCUGCGGAUACCGUGAUCGUCCGCCGACAAUUCUCUCCAGGCGUCUUCUCACCCAUGCCCGAUCCAUAUUCCGUCCAACGAAAAUCCCUGCUGGUACGCUUCGUCAGCCGACGCACCCGUCAGCUCAUCGUCCGCUGGUCACUGGAUUCGCUGCCACCGGCCCCGCAGAUGGUGGAACAGGACGAUGAGGAGUAUAUCGCCUUCCGCUACAACUUCCACUACGAUAUUCCGCAGAUCCGCAGCUAUCUCCGGGAAAUUCUCCGGGAGUACGUACCGGAGAUCUUAGGCAAAGAAGGAGUCCGCAAAGUGGGGCUGACUAUGCAGAAUCUGCACUUGUCUCUUAAUAUCUUAUCCGGACUUAUUCCGCGCGGCGUGAUGCGAGUGCAGCUGGAAAGUGUGACGUUGUGGUGCCAUUUCCAAGCCGGUCCGUUGGUGCAGCGAGAAUUGCCUGUAACGCUCAGCUCGCACAUCGACAAGGACGUCAUGGAGAAAUGUGGAGACAAGUGGCCGUUUGAUUACUCCGAGUCACUGGCAGAAUCUCCGCUGUUUUGGUAUCCACACGCGCUGGUCCAGUCGUUUGAAUAUUUUAGCCGAUUUUUCGCAACCAUGUGGAGUCCCGAAGAGGAAGACGUCGUUGCACGGAAACUGCAAUCCAGUGAUCCUGUCGGCGGUACGCUAGCUCUGUAUCUGUACCGUUUUGUUGGAAUGCCUCUUUUUGAGGAUGAUCAUCCCGUUAACGCAAUGGACCUGACCGUCGACCGAAUCCGGACGUUUCCGACGUGGUUGCAGCGUCUUGUCGUGGAAUUAUUCAAACGACACGCCGAUUAAUGCAUAACAUACGACUGUUUUGGUAUGGUUCUUAAUAAUUCGUUGUCACAUUCCUAGGCUUUAGUUUUCUUCGUACAUUCGUUAAUAACGCAGAACUUCCGCAUUGAUGUGUCUGCCGAUAAGAACAUGUCGCCGUAUAUGUACAGAGUGCCUUUAUGAACUAUCGGUUUUCGUAUGGCUUUGUGACGUAGGGCGCCGUAGUACUAGCAAAUAUCAUGAGUUUUUCGAAUUUGCUGCUUUAGUUUUCGGAUUAGCUUUCACUGUGACUGACCUCUUUGUGAAAUGAGCCAGUACAUGCAAAU